ACUGUCCAAAUUCAUGUGUUUUCAGGUUAAAAGAACUCCUAAGAAUAAAGUUAAUAGAAUGUGGAUGGAGAGAUCAACUAAAAGAUCACUGUCAAGAAAUUAUCAAACAGAAAGGCUUGGAUAACAUCACAGUAGAAGACCUUGUCAAGAAAAUCACUCCAAAAGGAAGAGCUUUAGUGCCAGAUGAAGUGAAAAGAGAAUUGCUGCAGAAUAUAAGAAACUUUCUAGCUGAGAGACAAUAAACAUGAAAAGAUUUGAUAGUCA